UUUCUCUUUGAUUGUUUUUCCCUCCUAAUCGCGCAGUUCGAAAUCACGGACCUCGGGCCUCGGCCUAGUGGGCCCAAUUAUGAGGCCCAUUAUCUCCGGUCUUCUCGUUCUACUUCUAGUUACCCAAAUUAAGAACGUACUGGUUCGCUUUUAGCGCGAGAGAGAAAUGGAGGCCCUGAUUGCCUCGUACGGAGACUCGUCGUCGGGCUCAGACUCCGAGUCGCCGGCUCCACCUUCACCACCACCUCCGGAGCUCAACAACCCUCAAGAACCGACCCCUGCGCUGCCUCCACCUCCUCUUUCACUUCUCGACAGCCCCAAUUCCUUCGGAUUUCUGGACUUAUCGGCAAGCGCCCAGCCGAGCAGAGUUCGGAACUUUCCUCACGUCGAAGGGAACUACGCAGUACAUGUAUACAUCCCAGUUUAUAUACCACCAGCACCAAGGAAAGAGAUGGCCUUGUUUUUGAACAAGCUAGCUUCUCUGGUGCCUGGUCUCCAUGCGGUUGACGUUGACUUCCCGCUUGACAUUCUGCGUAAGGACGAGCACAAGCUUGAACAAGUUGCUUUAGGCAGAGAGUUCCAUAUAAGUCUCGGAAGAACUGUUCCGAUUCGGGUGCACCAGAUUGAUUCCUUGGUGACAAUGCUGCGGCAGAAGCUUCAGAUUCAGAGGCGGUAUUGGAUUGAUUUUAGCAAGUGGGAGGUUUUUGUUAAUGAUGAUCAGACCCGGACCUUUGUGUCUAUCGAAAUCAUUGCUGCUGGGUUAGCUGAGAUCUGCGACAUCCCAACGAUGACCCGCCCACCCAACAACUCUGCUCGUGACUUGCAACACCUCUCGUACCCUCCACGCCCCUUGAGGCCCGUCAGACCACUCUGAUAUCCUGGAGAGAUAACAAAGCAGAUUCAAGCUGUGAAUGAGGUGUAUAAGCUUUUUCGUGUUUUUCAAACUCGAAAAACAAGAUUGUGCCUGAAUACUACUCAUUGCUCAAAAAACUAAAUCACUUCAUGGGGUGUUGGUGAUCACAGGAUCCGCGCCCUCACAUCUCGGUAGCUUGGGCAUUGGGUGACAUCAGCAAUUCCCUGAAGAAAGUGGUUGAAGAAGAAAGACGAAGAUCUACCAUCGGAGGAUCGUUACAGAAAUGUAUUUUUACCAGUAAAUUCAAUGGUAUCGAAUGUAGGAUUGGUAAUAAGACACAAAAUAUGUAAAUUUUCUGAACAAUAAUGUAGCCAUUUAACUGUAUCGUGAAAUUCCGAGAAUAUAUCGCUGAGCAUUGGAUGAGAAGACAUUUCUUUGUUGGUGUCGAACUUCUUGUCGAAGGUAUUGGCACCAGUGUAAACGUCAUCAUCCAUGUUGAUGGUAAUUACUUCCCAGCUACCAAGGGUGUCGGAACAACCUUGCACGCAGCCUCCUGUGCAUUACUUAAUAUUGUCUCAGUUUCUCCAAACUUGAAUGCUCCUGUAAACCCACUCUUGACCUUUCCGUCAUCUGCAAUUACAGGAAAGCUGGCUAGGAUGUUGCCGUUAACCUACCUAACUGGCUAGGAUGUAGCCGUCAUCUCCAAACUUAAAAGACCGGAAAGCCGGCUCCAAACCUCAAUGUGCUACUAGUUUUUGUAUGCGAGAGCUCCACCUCCAUUGUUGUAACAGCAUCUGAUGCGGACUAGUCCUUCAUUCCCGUUACUCUUUGCUAUCUCCACUUCAAACUUGGCGUAAUGGCUCCCGGCCGCCUCUCCGGUGAAAUUGAGAAACCCUGGGAAACCCUGGAGCUAGGCGUUUUCAUUCUGUUGUCCGUAUAUCUUGAUAUUACAAGUAUUUGUUGUGCAAAAUGCAAGCUAAGUUCAAGU